GGCGAUCGGAUGCCUGAUGUGGACGAAGCUGACGAGGCCAGACAUCGCCCUGCCUCUGAACAAGCUCCAGAAGAUCGCCCACUCACCCACCGGGAGGAUAUGGAACGCGCUUGUGCGGAUCAUGUCCUACCUGAACUUCACGAAGGACUUCGGCAUCACCUACGUACGGGGGUCAGGACAAGACCUAAGCGUGUUUGUCGAUGCCAGCUACGCUGACAAAGAAGUAGACAGGCGUUCUACGACCGGGCUAGCUGGCGUGAAGCAGGCGUUGAUUGUGCGUGGCGUUGUGUCGUUCAUAGCGCCCGAGACGAGUGGGGCGAAGAUCAAGGCCCUUGAGGGCAACAAGAGGGCUCUCACCUAAUGGAGAACCCGUUCAGCUCAG